AUGCCAAAUCCAAUUCUAAUAGUGCCAGAGGUGGCCCCGCUGUGGCCCGAGCGGUGUCGUGGCGACCGGGCCGACCGUGUGGCUCCACAAGCUCCAACACUGUGUGUUGUCCGGGUAGAUCCGACCAGCGAAAGCAGCAGCAUAAUACUGCGGAAAUGGGAUACGGGUUCCCAAGGAGAGCAGUUUCAGAAAGCACUUACAUUUAAUGCAUCUUCAGCUGUAGAAGAAGAUCUAAAGCCAUUACCACGCAGAGCCGCAGCUACAGGUGCCUGCAAUUUCCCAUGUCUAAAUGGAGGCCACUGUGUUCAUCCAGAGUCCUGCAACUGCAGUUUAUAUCAAGGCACUGGCCGACGAUGUCAAAAAGUUCCAAACACAGGUUUUGAGCGAGAGAUGACAUGCCGGUCAUGGGGGCAGUACAACUUCGAGACCUUUGACGGGCUGUAUUACUACUUCCCUGGCAAGUGCACUUACACUCUAGUGAGGGACUGCGAGGACACCACACACUCCAGUGUUCUCAUCCAGAUCCAUAAUGACCCGGUCUGUAGCACUUCUCCAUCUACUUGUUCCCGCUCCAUCAGUCUCUUUCUGCCAUGGGAAGGAGAGAUCAGGUUGCAAAACUUCAACGUUAUCGUCAAAGGCCAAAGUGUUCAGCUCCCAUAUAACAUCCACGACAUUGAGCUUGAGCGGAUUUCUCAGUACAUCCUGGUCACCCAGCAUCAUGGGUUCACCCUGGCUUGGGACGGCCAGCACAGCUCCGUUUACAUCAAGAUGAGCCCGGAGUACGUGGGCAGGACCUGUGGGCUGUGUGGAAACUUCAACGCAGACGUCCAAGAUGAUCUGAAGACCAGCUAUGGGGUCAUCACUGCAGAUGUGGCCAUCUUUGGGAACAGCUGGACAGAAGAGGAGCCCCACCAGGCCGUCUGCGCACUGGUGCCCUCUCUCUUCCCCUCCCCAUGUAGCGCUCAGGAUGCCCACACACUACUGAAAGUUGAAGAAGUCUGUGGAGCACUGCUGAAAAGUCCCUUCUCUUCAUGUCAUGAAUUCGUUAGUCCAUUUUCCUACAUGGCCAGUUGCUCCAACGAUCUUUGCCUGUCCGGUCCCAGUGGUGAUGCAGUAUGCCAAGUAUUCACUGAGUACGCCAGGGCCUGUGCCCACGCAGGCCACGCGCUCCACGACUGGAGAUCUCACAUUCAAGCAUGUGCUGUCUCCUGCCCGACUGAGCUUGUUUACAACGAAUGCAUCACAUGCUGCCCGGUGUCUUGUAACGUGGAGAGGAUGUGCAUCGACAGCAAACUUCAAUGUCUGGAUGGCUGUUACUGUCCUGAUGAUUUGAUCUUCGAGGACGGGAGCUGUGUCAAGGCCUCGGACUGCCCCUGCGAGCUCCAUGGCAUGCUCUACCCAUCAGGCGAAGUGGUCCAGGAGGAGUGCAAUAACUGCACCUGCCUGGGGGGAGUGUGGAACUGCACCGACUACACCUGUCCAGGGGAGUGCUCAGUCACUGGUGAUAUGUAUUUCCAGUCCUUUGAUGGACGUGUCUACACAUUUGCAGCCACUUGCCAGUAUGUCUUGGCCAAAAGCCGCAGUUCGGGGAAAUUCACUGUCACCAUUCAAAAUGCUCCUUGUGGACCAAAUCUGGACGGGGCCUGCAUCCAAUCAGUUAACCUGGUUGUUGACGAGGAUCCAAGGACGGAGAUCACAAUGAACCACAUUGGCGAGGUCUUCGUGUCUAGCCAGUACCGAAUCUCCCUGCCCUAUUCAGACGAGGUGUUCCAUAUCCAGGAGCUCUCCAGCAUGUUCCUGCAGGUGAAGACCGUGCAGGGGCUGCGUCUGCAGUAUAACUGGCGCGAGUUCCGCCUCUACCUGCAGGUCUCGGAGCUGUGGAAGGAGGACACGGUGGGCCUGUGUGGAACCUUCAAUGGGAACAUUCAGGAUGACUUCCUGGCUCCGUCAGGUAUGAUAGAGAGUACUCCCCAUAUGUUUGGGAAUGCUUGGCGCGUGCCCUCCGCGUGUAUGCCCAGCAUGAGCCUGCCACAGCUGGACCCGUGCGAUACCCAUCAGCAGACAGCUUCCUACGCAGGUCAGAUGUGCAACCUGCUCAACCUGGCCCUCUUCGCCCCCUGCCACGCGUACCUGAGCCCCGUGCCCUUCUACCAGCAGUGCCGGGCGGACACCUGCAAGUGCGGCCAGCCCUGCCUCUGCUCUGCCCUGGCACACUACGCCCGCCAGUGCCGCCGAUUCUCCAUCAUCAUCGACUUCAGGUCUGAGGUGUCCGAGUGUGCCAUUACUUGCCCAGAGACGAUGGAGUAUGGCGUGUGCGUCUCAGCGUGCCAACGUCGAUGCCAGUUUCUCUCCUCUCCCCAGCAGCUGUGUGGCGAAGAUUGUGAGGAGGGCUGCGUAUGCCCUCCCGGAAAGUUCUACAGCACACGCACAAGCAGCUGUGUGGAUAGGAAUGAGUGCCAUUGUACUUUUUUAGGGGCCGAUUUUGCACCAGGGGAUGUGAUCAUGACUUCAUCUGGUGUACAGAUGUGUCAAGAUGGAAAGAUAACACCUCAAGUAGCAUUCAUCAACAAGACGUGCCCUCCUGGUCAGUGGUACCAUGAGUGCGGCGAGGGAAUGGGCAACUCGGCCAGAGAGAGCAAAGGUGUAGCUUGCGAGGAGACGUGUGAAUCCCACCUGCUGAACCUGACCUGCUCCGUACACGAGCCCUGCAUCCCAGGAUGUGUCUGCCCAGAGGGUUUGCUGAAACAUGGUGAUGAGUGUUUCCUGCCUGCUGCCUGCCCCUGCCUGUGGAAGGGGAAAGAGUACUUCCCUGGAGACCAGGUCACAUCUCCUUGCCACCAGUGUGUCUGCCAACAUGGAACCUUCCAGUGUGUCUUCCAGCCGUGCCCUUCCAUGUGCACAACCUACGGAGACCGCCAUUAUCGCACGUUUGACGGGCUGCUUUUCGAUUACGUGGGCUUGUGUAAGGUUUAUUUGGUGAAGAGUAGUGUGGACACAGCGCUGAGUGUAUUGGCAGAGAAUGUGGAUUGUUUUGAAACCGGAGUGAUCUGCCGAAAGUCAUUACUCAUCACGAUUGGCAGAUCAACCAUCGCCUUUGAGGAUGACACGGGAAAGCCGAGCUCCUCAAGUGUGAUGGACAGGGCGCAGCACAUGUACAUAUGGCAGGCAGGCUACUUCACCAUCGUGCACAUCCCAGAAGUGGACGUCACCGUGCUGUGGGACAGGAAGACCACCGUGCACAUCCAGGCCGGACCUCGCUGGCAGGGUAAGCUCUCUGGCCUGUGUGGCAACUUUGACCUGAAGACGGUGAAUGAGAUGAGGACUCCAGAGAACAUGGACUCCGCCACGCCGCAGGAGUUUGGAAACAGCUGGACCGCCAUGGAGUGUGUUAAUAGUCCUGACAUCAGAAACCCCUGCAGCCUGAGCCCCCUCAGGGAGCCCUUUGCCAAGAGACAGUGUGGCCUUCUGCUCAGUGAAGUCUUCGAAACCUGCCACCCAGUGGUGGAUGUGACGUGGUUCUACAUGAACUGUCUGGGAGACACGUGCGGGUGUAACAGAGGUGGCGACUGUGAGUGCUUCUGCACCAGUGUGGCGGCCUAUGCCCACCAGUGCUGUCAACAGGGCAUCACCGUGGACUGGCGAUCCCCUUCCUCCUGCCCGUAUGACUGUGAAUACUACAACAAAGUUCUGGGCAAAGGCCCGUACCAGUUGAGCACGUACAGAGAGAGGGACACGGUGCUGGCGGCCAACAGGACCAGUGGUGUGGUGCUGCCCAGGAGGAGGGCCACGGCCGGCCGAGGGCUGCUCUCCACCUUCAUGCUGACCCCCGGCCUUAGCAAGGAGAGACCGCAUGAUACAUCUCUGGUGUCGUUCGAGGCUGCGGAGAGACCCAACUACUUCCUGCGUGUGGACAGGGGCGGCCAUCUCCGGCUGUCCAAGUGGAGGGACAGCGCGGCCUUCUUCACCGAGUGCACCUUCGUGCUGCACCGGGACACCUGGAUCAACGGCUACGUCUCCCUGGAGUCCUUCUCCAGGCCGGGCUUCUUCCUACACUACAUGCUGUCCUGGGUCCACCUCAUGAAGUACAACCACACGGAGGGCUUCCGCAGAGCAACACUCUUUAGGCUGACAGCUCCCUCGCCAGCCUUCCAGACAGGUCCGCGGUGCCAGUGGCGUUACGAGGCAUGUGUCAACCCCUGCUACAGGACCUGCAGCGACCCCUCGGGACAGAACUGCGUCACCAUUCUAAAGGUGGAAGGAUGUCUCCCCCUCUGCCCCGACGGCAUGGUCCUGGAUGAGAUGACCCAGAGAUGCGUGUACAUCGAGGAUUGCACUAAGCCCCCAGUUGCCGUUCAGCCCAUUACGCCUUCCAGCACGGCAGCAACACCUGCAGCUGUCACUUCGGCCACCACGACCACAACCACUUUGACCCCCUCCACAACACCUGAGGCCUCCUCCACCAUUCGCUCUGGCCUGGAGACCUCCAGCACCACCACAGCACGAGCCCCAGCCCCAGCCACCGCCUCUGCCACUGCAGUGGCGCCCGGGCCGACCUCUGCUGCCACCACCACCACCUCCACCACCACCACUAAGCCUGGUGUGCCAACUGGCUUGCCUGCGUCCUCCUCCUCCUCCUCCUCCUCCUCUGCUGCGGUCAGACCGGAGGUGGUGGCUCCGGUGACAACAACUGCGAGGACAUCUGCGUCCUCUGCGGUGACAUCCACAUCUGCGGGCACCGCAGAGACAAAAACCACUACCCGAACACCCGGAGCAGACAUCAAGAAUGUCCCCAAUAGAGCCUCAAACUACAUCAACGACUGCCAUUCCAGGACCAUCCAGAACACCGGCUCACACAUCUCCAACAACAACAACGACUACUUCUUCAGUGCCAGGUCCACCUACCUCAGAACAACCAAUUACAACAAAGAGAACAACCACGGUGGUUUCUCCAGCAGGCCCAUCUCCUCAACGGCCAAGGCCGUUACACCGUCCUCCCCCACCACCACGGGCGAGACCGCCACAACCACAACAGUAGCAGGAGUAUCUCCCAUUACAAGGACAGUGACAACAACGACCACAGAGAGAGCAACUAGUAGAAUUCCAGCAACCACCACCACCACAUCAUCUCCAGAGCCGGAGACAACUGUGAGAACAUCUCCAUCAUCUCCACCCAGUCCCCAAACCACCACAACAAUUCCUCCGGUGGUGACCAUACACCCACACACAGAAACAACGACAGUUGCCGCUCCGUUUACAGGGCGGGUCGAAGUCUCAACGACCACCGGUCACUUCCACGACUCCUACUCCACACACCACCACCACUCACAGGGCAACCUCCAGAGUAACCCCUUCCACUCCAGCACCUCCCACUGUGACAUCCCCCAUAACUACCACGACCAGGAGAGUCACAGAACCCACAACGACUACCACAACGACGACCUCUUCAGCUUCGUCCACAAGUCCACUACUGAAUCAGUGGAGGCACCAACCACCAAGACCACGGUCACUACCUCUAGGCCGGUGGUGACUUUGACAUCGACAGUGGCCCGUCCAGACACAACCACCGUCACCACUACCACUGCCGAGAGGCCGACCACCUUGGAACGCACCACCUCCACCUCCACACCCCCCGUAGAUGGCCGUCCUGUUCCAGGAGUCACCACAGCCAGGUCCAUUCCUCCUGGGCCUCCAGAGUCGGGAACAGUGGCUUCUUCUGUGCCAAUGUCCUCAACUCGUCCCACAACACUCCCUCCCAGUGGGACGAGGACAUCGCUGUCUACCGCUGGCCCCACGUCUGAGGAGUCUUCCGAGGCUGCUGAGACACCUUCUGCCUCUGCUAUGCCAACCACCAUGACCGCCCCAUCUACCAGGAUGUGCACUCCACCGUACUCGGAAAUUAUUGAUGAAUGCACCAAGUACAUCUGUGUUGGGGGACAAAUGGUCCUGUUCAACAAGUCCCAGAGCUGCCCCUACAACUCUGUCCCUCCUAACUGUGGCCUGCUUGGCUUCGCUAUACUAGUGAAUGGAGAUAAGUGCUGUCCUAAAUGGGAUUGUCCUUGUCGAUGCUCUGUGUUUCCGGACCUCAAUGUGAUCACCUUUGAUGGCAACAGUGUGGCCAUGUUCAAAGCGGCCUCCUAUGUGGUAUCCCAACUUCCCAAUGAGACCGUCAGCAUACUGGUCCAAGAGUGUCCAGUUUCUGACACACUACUCUGGAACUUUACAAACCUUUGCCUGGUCGCCUUGAACAUAACGCACAAAUCACACAAUGUUCUCAUCAACAGACUCCAGAGAAGGUUAUAUGUGAACUCUAGGUAUGCCAAACCACGAUUUAAGAAGUAUGGGUUUGAGAUCCUGGACACGGGCAACAUGUAUCUCAUCAGGACGCCGACUGGCCUGAAGGUCCAGUGGUUCCACAGCACCGGGAUGAUGGUUCUGGAAACAGACACUCACAACAAAAAACUGCCCACCAUGGGGUUGUGUGGCUGCUGUGACGGCAAUCCUGCCAAUGACCUGACCCUGUCCAAUGGCACGAUGGUGGGGGAGAGUGAGGACCCGGCUGUGUUCAUCGACAGCUGGCAGGUGCCUAACACCACCAGCUACGUCAGCCAGAGCCGCCGGCGCGAAGUCAACUGCUCCACCAGCGACUGCUCCGAGUGCCUGGCCAUGCUCAACAACAGCACCUUCAUGCCCUGCCACGAACACGUUCCUCCUGAGACUUUCUGCGAGCUGUGGGUACGAGAUGCGGAGUAUGUCAACAAUCCCUGUGUGGCUCUGGCUGCCUAUGUGGCCUCCUGUCACAAGUUCAACGUCUGCAUUGAAUGGAGAAGCCCAGACUACUGUCCCUUUCUGUGUCCUGAGAGUCUACGCUACCAAGCAUGCCUGACUACGUGCACUGCCCAGUCCUGUCCCAACCACGAGUUUGAGUACGACCCUGAGCAGUGUUCAGGCAUGACCGAGGGCUGUGUGUGUCCAGAGGGGACCCUCCUGCAUCGGCCCUACUCCUCCCUCUGCAUCCCACCCAGCAAGUGUGCGUGCACCGACAGCUUUGGGACGCCGCGUGCCGUGGGGGAGGUGUGGAAGGCGUCCAAGGACGGCUGCUGCAUGUACAGGUGUGACAACGACACCAUCGUGCCGAUGGAGUACAACUGCACCGAGGUGCCCCAGCCACACUGCCUCAAGGCCGGAGAGGUCAUCAUCAGCCUGGCCGACGACAAGAGCUGCUGCCCACAGAGAGUUUGUGUUUGUAAUCAGAGUCUGUGUGUUGCUGCGCCUCCCGAGUGCAAGUUUGGAGAGAAGCUGGUGUCGUACUUCAGAGAGGAUUCCUGCUGCCCAGACUACGCCUGUGAGUGUGACCCAGAGCUGUGCGAGACGGUGGUUCCGGCCUGUCGGGAGGACCAGACUCUGAUUGCCACCAAGGCUGAGGGGAGCUGCUGCCUGGCCUUCAUCUGUAUGUGUAACGCGUGCACAGAGGUGGUUCCUAAAUGUGAGGAGGGAGAGCUGCUGACAGUGGAUGCCAACAGUACAGACCGCUGCUGCCCGGCCUUCCACUGUGUGUGUGAGCCUUUCCGCUGUGCUGAGUUCUCCUGUCCCCUGGGCAUGGCCAUAGCAACAGCCACCCUGCCAGGCCGCUGCUGUCCCCAGCGAACAUGUGAGUGUGCGUGUGAUCAGAUUCCCUCGCCGAAAUGUGCUUUGGGGGAGAUCUUACAAAUCGACAAAUCAUUCCAGUCCGAUCCCAAAAAUGAGUGUGCGUGUAAGAGAUUCAAGUGUGUGCGGGAUGCGGUGUGCCUGGACGCUCAGAAGGGUGUGAUGCGUCCGGGCCAGACUCUGGUGGAGCACAGUAGCCCCGAGAUCUGCCUCUCCACCCACUGCAGCCACGCCCUGGACCCCAACACCGGGUACUACGCCCUCACCACCACCAGCACCAAUUGCGCCGCACGGUGCAACCAGAAUCAGGUGUAUAUUCCUGCCAAGGACCCGGCCACUUGCUGUGGAGUCUGCAAAAACAUCUCCUGCAUCUUCAACAGUGAGAAUGGCACUACCAUUCUCCAUAAGCCAGGGCAGACGUGGGUGUCCGACUGCAUGAGGUAUGAAUGUGCUGAGACAGAGUCAGGCCCCACGCUAGUCUCCUACUCCUACAGCUGCCCGCCUUUCAACGAGACAGAGUGCAUGAAGGUCGGUGGUACCAUUGUAAGCUACAUGGACGGCUGCUGCAGGACAUGUAAAGAAGAUGGAAAGUCGUGCCAGAAAGUGACCGUAAGAAUGACAAUCAGAAAAAAUGACUGCCGAAGUAACAGACCGGUGAACAUCGUGUCGUGUGACGGCAAGUGUCCCUCGGCCAGUAUCUACAACUACAACAUCAACACGUACGCCCGCUUCUGCAAGUGUUGUCGGGAGAUGGGGCUUCAGCAGCGGAGCGUGCAGCUUUACUGCAGCGGGAACUCCACCUGGGUCAACUACUCCAUUCAGGAGCCCACCGACUGCUCCUGCCAGUGGUCAUAG